AUGGGAUCGAUCGGAUACACAGCGCCAGUCGGCGACAUUAAAGUUUCAAUAGACCGCGGUGGCACAUUUACAGACGUCGUUGUCAUCUAUCCCGAUGGCACCGAGAAGGUCUUCAAGUUAUUAUCCAGGGACCCAAAGAACUACCAGGAUGCCCCGAUCGAAGCCCUACGGAGGAUCGUGGAGGAGGCAACUGGAACCAGUAUUCCCAGGGGCGUGCCGUUGGAUAUGAGUUGCAUAGGCUCCUUAAGAAUGGGAACGACAGUGGCUACGAAUGCUUUACUUGAGCGACAAGGUGCUAAAACUGCGCUGUUCAUUACACGCGGGUUUCGAGAUCUGCUCAAGAUUGGAAACCAAUCCCGACCAGAUAUGUUCGCGCUGAACGUAAAGAGGCCCGACUUGCUGUAUUCCAAAGUCGUGGAGACCCCUGAGCGUGUGACUUUAUAUGAUUCGACAUCAUAUAGAAGAACCGGAGAGAACCAGCCUAAAGAGGCCUGCAAUGGCAAUUCCUCUACUCCUCAGACAAACGACGUUGUAAUUGGUCUAUCAGGCGAAAGAAUCCGAGUCCUCGAGAAGCUGGACAUGGACGUAACCAAACAUGCCCUCGAACAGACAUACGCCGAGGGAUUCCGCAGCAUCGCGAUCUGCUUCCUGCAUUCGUACACAUUCCCAGACCAUGAACUGGCAGUUGCCGAAGAAGCCAGGAAAAUUGGAUUCACGCAAAUUUCCAUCUCCAGCCAACUAUCGCCAGCAAUCAAGAUGCUCUCGCGCGCAAACUCUGCCGUUACAGAUGCCUACUUGACACCGGAGAUCCACAGCUACCUUGAGGGGUUCAAGGCCGGUGUUGACUCUAAGAGCCUGCAGUCUGUCAACUGGCGGAUCAUGCAGUCUGAUGGCGGCUUAGUUCACCCGUCAAAAUUGUCGGGGCUGAGGGCAUUGCUGUCUGGCCCUGCUGGAGGCGUGAUAGGCUAUGCACGCACUUGCUAUACGUCUCAAAACCCAAAGGCAGUCGUGGGUUUUGACAUGGGAGGCACAUCAACAGAUGUAUCCAGGUAUGCAGGAGCCCUAGAGCACGUAUUCGAAUCUACCACUGCCGGAGUCUCCGUGCAAGUUCCACAACUCGACAUCAACACCGUUGCAGCCGGCGGCGGCAGCGUGCUGGCAUGGCGGAAGGGGAUAUUGGCCGUUGGACCACAAAGCGCUGGAUCCCACCCUGGCCCUGCGUGCUAUCGCAAAGGAGGCCCGGCGACUAUUACAGACGCGAAUCUGGUCCUUGGCCGGAUUCUACCAGAGCGCUUCCCGUCUAUCUUUGGACCGUCGCAGGACCAACCGCUUGAUGUUGAUGCGUCCUAUGAUAAGCUAGCGGAGCUGGCUCAUGAGAUCAAUCUUGACCAGGGAACCUCACUCACUGUGCACGAGGUAGCGAGUGGUUUCAUCACGGUGGCCAACGAGACGAUGUGCAGGCCGAUUCGGGCACUCACUGAAGCAAAGGGGUAUGCAGCAUCAGACCACAUCCUUGCUGCGUUUGGAGGUGCUGGAGGACAGCAUGCCUGUGAUAUUGCUCGGGCACUAGGUAUAUCGAGGGUCGCGCUACACAAGUACUCAUCCGUUCUAUCUGCGUACGGGAUGGCACUCGCAGAUACAACCCAGGAAGAAAGAAAGCCAUGCUCUGAGAUCCUGUCGAACCCUGUACAACCACAUAUAAGAGUCGAAUUUGACGACCUCGAGGCGAAGACAACCAAGUCUAUCCGCGAGAUGGACCCAACAUGCAAGACCAUCGAAUCGAACUACUUCCUCAACCUCCGAUAUGAAGGGAGUGAUACAUCCCUUAUGAUCGAGAAGCCGAGCCAGUCGUGGGACUUUGCCACGAAGUUCACGGAGCAGCAUCACCACGAGUUCGGAUUUACACCCACAGGACGAGCCAUUAUCAUAGACGAUAUCCGUGUCCGAACAACAGCGAAGACCAUCUCAACCGACACAGCUGGCCUGAGCGAGCUGGACUCUAUAAAAAUAACCCAAGAAGCCCACUCGAACAAGACCACACGCAUGUUCUUCACCGAAACAGGGCUCAUCGACGCCCCAAUGUUCCACUUACAAGAUAUCAGCGCCGGACAGACAGUACGCGGUCCAGCGGUCGUCAUCGAUCAGACACAAACAAUCGUCAUAACGCCGAAUGCCACCGCAACCGCCCUCUCAUCUAUGCUGGUCAUCGACGUCGAGAACCCCCCUGCCACGGACGCAGACACCGUCAUCGACCCCAUCAGGCUAUCUGUUUUUGCAAACCGGUUUAUGGGAAUAGCCGAACAGAUGGGCCGUGUGCUUCAGAAGACAUCAGUCAGCACGAACAUCAAAGAGCGCCUCGACUUUAGCUGUGCCAUAUUCUCAGCGGACGGCGGACUCGUGGCGAAUGCGCCCCAUGUACCGGCGAUGCUGGGGAGUAUGGCGAACUCGGUGAAAUGGCAGAUACAGCAUUGGGAAGGGAAUAUCAAAGACGGGGAUGUGUUCCUGAGCAAUGCACCUGCGUCUGGUGGUGCCCAUUUACCGGAUUUAACAGUCAUUAGUCCCGUGUUUGACGCUGCAGGAAAGAAGAUCCUAUUCUGGACUGCGUCGAGAGGACAUCAUGCAGAUGUGGGGGGAAUCGUCCCUGGGUCUAUGCCCGCUACGUCGAAAGAGAUCUGGGAGGAGGGGGCCGUUAUCGAGAGUAUCAAGAUUAUUGAGAACGGAGAGUUUCAGGAGGAACGCUUAUAUGAGGCUAUGGUGACGGCGCCGGGAAGGUAUCCUGGGUGUGAAGGGGCACGAUUGUUCCAGGAUAAUAUUACCGAUAUCAAGGCCCAGACUGCGGCGAACCAUAAAGGGAAUAAUCUUAUUGGGCUGUUGAUUCAGGAGUAUACAUUAGACACUGUCCUGUUAUACAUGGGCGAAGUGCAAAAAGCCUCAGAGAAUGCCGUGAGAGAGCUGUUCAAGAAAAUGGUCAGAGAGAAAGGCCAAACCGUCUUCGAAACAGAAGAUUUUAUGGACGACGGUUCAUGUAUCCACUUGAAGAUCACAAUCGAUCCAAGCUCAGGAAGCGCAGACUUUGACUUCACAGGAACAAGCCCUCAAGCAUAUGGAAACUGGAACGCCCCCACAGCCAUAUCCAACGCAGGAAUCAUCUACACCCUCCGAUGUCUCGUUGACGGCGAUAUCCCCCUGAACCAGGGCUGUCUCCUCCCCGUCAACAUCACUAUCCCAGAUGGGAGUCUCCUCGCACCAACAAAGGAGGCAGCUGUGGCAGCAGGAAACGGACUCACCAACCAACGCCUUGUUGACAUUAUCCUCAAGGCCUUCGAGGUCUGUGCCGCAAGUAACGGAUGCAUGGCGAACUUUACCUUUGGAGUUGGACAGAAGGAUGGGUUUGGAUACUAUGAGACCAUUGCAGGCGGUAGUGGUGCUGGGCCGACAUGGGUUGGCGAGGAUGGCAUUCAUUGCCAUAUGACGAACACACGUAUAACAGACCCCGAGGUGCUGGAGCGGCGGUAUCCAGUCUUGUUGAGACAGUUUAGUCUGCGCAAAGAUAGUGGUGGGGAUGGAUAUUUUAGGGGUGGUGAUGGGAUUAUCCGUGAAGUCGAGUUUCUUAUUGACAUGCACGCCGGGAUUCUUUCUGAGCGGCGGGUCUUCCAGCCAUAUGGCCUUGCUGGUGGGAAGCCGGCUGCAAGGGGCCUGAAUUUGUGGAUCAGGAAUACUGGACAGGUUAUCAAUGUGGGUGGGAAGGCGUCGUGCUAUGUCAAGGCUGGAGAUCGGCUGCGGAUUUGUACACCUGGUGGAGGAGGAUAUGGAUCUCCAGAGGAUACUGAUGGCAAGGUGAGCUUGAAGAGGAAGAGUAUAUCUGAGUAG